UUUUUAUGUUGCAGAUGAGUUCAGUGAAAAUGUUACGACCUCGGCUCAAUGGCAUCCUUUUCAAGCUUAUGUUUGAGGAGCAUGUGAACAACAUCAAACCUGGCAUCAUGGCAGUAACGCUAGCCUGUGAAGAGCUGAAGAAGAGUGAGAGCUUUAGUAGGCUGUUAGAAUUAGUUUUGUUGAUUGGAAACUACAUGAAUUCAGGCUCAAGAAAUGCCCAAUCAUUGGGCUUUAACGUGAGCUUUCUUUGUAAGAUUAGAGAUACCAAAUCAUCAGAUCAAAAAACAACACUGUUGCAUUUUCUGGCAGAAAUAUGUGAAGAGAAUUAUCGGGAUAUCUUAAAAUUCCCAGAUGAAUUGGAACAUGUUGAGAGUGCAAGCAAAGUUUCAGCUCAGUGUCUCAAGAGCAGCCUUGAUACGAUGGAACAUCAGAUCCAGCGUCUAGAAAGUGACAUUGAGAAGUUUCCUAAAACAGAAGAUGCACACGAUAAGUUUGUGGAAAAGAUAAGCAGCUUUUCAAAGAAUGCCAGAGACCAUUAUGAAAAAUUGUCCAACAUGCACAACAACAUGAUUAAGUUAUAUGAGAAUUUGGGAGAGUAUUUUUCCUUUGAUCCCAAAGCAACAGGCAUAGAAGAAUUUUUUGGAGAUCUCAGCAGCUUCCGAACACUGUUCUUGGAGGCACUGAAAGAAAACAACAAAAAAAAAGAAAUGGAGGAGAAGAUCAAGAGAGCCAAGCUGGCAAAAGAGAAAGUUGAACGAGAGAAGCUAGAGCGGCAGCAGAAGAAGAAGCAGCUGAUGGAUAUGAACAAAGAGGGCGAUGAGAUGGGAGUGAUGGAUAAUCUGCUCGAAGCCCUGCAGUCAGGAGCAGCUUUCAGGGAUCGUAGGAAACGAACACCAAGAUGUCAGGAUAACAGACGAGUAACUUUGGAACGGUCACGUUCUCGCCACAAUGGAACCAUCACAGCUGUGUGAUUCCUCUGAUGCCAAAGAAAUGGAGAAAUGUUUUAUUUACAUUAAAAUACAGACAUUUUCAAAAGAGUUAACAUGAAAAACAUCAAUGAUCAGAAAUGAAAUUUAAAUGAAGUCCAAUGGAGGAUAAACUAGGAAAUGAAUAAAUAUGCAUUUUCAAAACUAUUGUAAAAAAUCGACCUACUGUAUUUAAGUACCACAAUAAUCAAGAUUUGUAAGCAACGUUAAACCAUAGGUUCUAUAUUAUAUUAUCUGAUGUUACUUGUUAUGCUUGCAGCUCUUUGAAGGGAACUGGGACUUCUAGGAAAUGUUCUAUAUAGAGUUAGAUGAGAACAUAUAAACUUGCUGAAAAAAUAUAGCAGUGAACAAGAUCAGGUCAUGGAAGGGAGGUAUGAUUCCAUUUGCAGUUCUGAUUUGGACAUGAAAGGAAAAAAAUGAACAAAUUUGCAUAUUAAUGAAUUCAGAUAUGAGCUGAUAUUGCACACAUCAUAAAAGACCUUUUUUGUAAGAGUGUGAAAACACUGUAUAGCCCCAAUCAAGUUUCUUAGAAUCUUAUCUCAAGUUAAAGCCUGAUGAAUUCAGCUAUUUUGGUUACAGCAGAACUUAUCAAAAAUCUACAGUUUCAGUGGUUUGAUGAAAUGUAGCUACUUAUCACUGCUAAAAUAUAAAGCAUAGGAUUGUACCAAAGUUAAAGCAUAUCAAUUGCAGAAUAUGUUUUUAAAUAUAUUUAAAGAGGUAUUUUCUAAUUAUGCACGUAUAUAUACUUUAUACAGGUAUUUUUGAGGAAAAGACUUAAUUAUCCUAUUUAAUUAAUCUAAAAAUGCCUUUGCUUUGGUUUAGCUUUUUAGAGACAAGCUACAUUAUGAAGUUCUUCUGAACUGCCUUUUUCUAAGUUUUUCCUCUGUUUCUCAGGUAAAACACAGUAGGAUCUUUAACAUUGUAUCUUAGUGCUGGAGACCAAGCAGAUAAAAAUAUUUUUCGCCCUUUGGCACUAUGCAGCAGGGAACACAAUGAUUAUAGACAUCCUGAACUUCAAGAGACGCUCCUCCCAUUCUUUUCUAUAUACAAGCCCUUGUACUGUGUGACCAGAGGCGAGCAGUCAGCUUAACAGCUGAUUCUGUUCUUCCAGUUAAUGGGAAAAUUUAAGACAAUUCCCUCUCUCUUAUCCUGAAUCUGAAUCUUUUUGGAGGUUCAUUUCAUAACCUUCAGCUGUAUUUUGGAUUCAAGGUGUAUUGUUUAUAGGAAUGGAGAGGCAUGCAGGAGUCCCAGGCCAGGUACAGAUAUUACACAUAAAUUGGUCUAAGUUAUCAGGAAUCGAUCUAAACCUGUUACCAUAAAGAAGUUUGACAUACAAAGACUGGUCUAAAAAUGGUGAAACCCCAUUUAAGAUAGACUUGGUUACAUGUGCACUCAAAUCUAAUUGAUUUGGGUUAGACCACUGAAUCAAACUUCUGUACCAGAUCCCCAAUUGAUUUAAGUUAGAUCGCUGCCCUCCAGCAUCCCAGGCUCCAUUGCAGCCCCCACACCCAGUCUCACAGGCAGGCAUGCUAGCUUUCAGCCCAUUCUUGGCUGAAGUGCCCAGCAGGCCCUGUCUCUAAGCUCUCUCACAGCCGAACCAGCACAGACCCUCCAGCCAUCUGUCAACCACAGACAGGCAAGGUGGGGCAGGUAAGGGAGGCUUUGUGUCCCCUGAUGAGCCCCAGGACCUGGGUAACUGUGUCCUUGGGCCAUGGCCCUAUCAUGAAGCACCCCAUGAUGUACAUACAAACCUGACACUGAGCCUAGGAGAGUCCCUGCACUCAGGCACAGCCCCAUGGAGCCUGACCCUGGCUGCACACCCAGCCAAGGAACCCCAUGCCCCUGUGCUCAGGCACAGCCCCACAAAGCCCAAACCUGGCUCCUGCGCACCACAUCUCAGUGGCC